GGUGGGCUAAAAACAGUCGUGUAAACAGCCAGCGAAUUGCCUUGUUUUUUUCUCCGCGUCCACCCCCCAGCUGCGGAUGGGGCUGUGUUUGGUUUGUGCUGAAUGUGAAUUAAAUUGUGAAGGAGAGCGAGAAUAUAAGCAAAAGGCGAGAAGGUGCAGACAGCAACAAAAGAAGCGCACAGAAAGAAGUACGGUACGGUACGGUACGUGAGUGCGUCUCGUACCUGUGUGAGUGGAGUGCGUGUGUGUGAGUGUACAAGUGCCUUCAAAAUUGCUCAAUGGCCCACAAAACAGCAACGAAACGGCACUGACCAGAUAAAUAGCAUACAAAAGAAAACUGUUUUCCUCUGGGGCACGUGAAAAUUGUGUGUGUGAGUGAGACUCCUCUGCGGAGAAAGUGCAGCGGCGGCGGAUACAAAGUGAAAAGCAAACGCAAAUAAAUAUUUUUUGCCCAGUUUUCGAGUUUAUUUUUGUGAAAGUCAAGUCUGUGCGGAGGCAGGCACCUCACCUGGAGAGGCAGAGGCAGCUCUCUUUCUCUCUCUACCACAUCUUUCUCUUGCGCGCAACAACAGUAAAAGUAAAAAGAGAGUUUCAUUGCAGAACUUUGGCAUUUGAGUGACUUUGCUGUCAGACUGAAUUAUGGCCUUGAUCAAGAUGUUGCUGCCGUUGCCGGGCACGGUUAAGGACCUGUGCAGCAUCACCGUUUCGCCAUUUAUCGAGUGCAGUUCCGCUCUGAGCCAGUAUGAGGCCCCCAAUGCCGCCAAUGUCUGCAACGACGGGAUUGCAGCCGAAUGAAGUGCAGUACCAAGUGCAGGCGCCUCAUCACCAGGUCCACGUACACGCCCAUGCCACGCCACUGCAGCAGCAGACGCAGGCACAGACACAGCAUCAGCAGCAGCAGCAGCAUAAGCAGCAGAGAAAACACCAGAACCCGACCGAACUAGACACCGACAGGAGUCUGCCACAGCACACCAGACACGCGACGCACAACUCCAAGCUGUUGCCGCCCCUGGAGCUUCUGGUGGAGAAUAAGAUCAGCUACAGCGGCUCAGCCGUCACAUAUCACCAGUCGCCAGAUCUCAGAUCCCAUUCCCAGUCCCACAACCGUGCCCAUUCCCGAGCAGCCAACAAACGAAAUUCCCUCAGCAGUCCCUCGUCCAGCGAGGAGUGCUGUGUGAGUGCUGCCAGGGCGAGCAUUUUUGAUGACGCCGCCGAGAACUUUGUAAUCAAUUUUCCGGCUGAAUCGGCAGCCUCGUUGCAGCAGCAACAGCUACAGCAACAGCAACAGCAGCAGCAGCCACUGUUGCCCCUGUCCGAGACGGUGCCACUGUUGACGCACAUCGAGGCCACUGUGGUGGACAAGCAGCGGUCCAUUCGCCUCAGCAAGAACAGCGCCUCGCUCAUCUUCACCAAGAAGGAGCUGGGCCAGGGUCACAGUCAGCGAAGGCAGCAUCACAGCAGUCUCUACGGCGCUGGCGGCGAGCGGGCGAUACGCAAGACGACAAAGCACUUGCCGCCCACGCGCGGACAGCACCAGAGGCGCAGUCUGCCGCUUAGCUACAGCCACGCGUACGCCAGCAAUCUGGUGACCACAGCCGGCACAAAUUACGCUCCCAACGGGGCUGGGGCUGGGACUGGGACUGGAGCAGGAGCUGGAGGCAAGCUUGUGCCGCACAAGCAUCAUCAGCAUCACGGCCUGGGUCUCAACUCACCCACGGCUAAUUCUGGUGUGGGUGCUGCUGGAGGCGGAGGAGUACCGCCCCCGGCCCACACGGCCCGCAAGCAGCUAUCCUACUCCUGGUACGCGCCCGUCUACAGUGCCCUCGAGGAGGAGCUUGAACAGGACUCGCGGGAUUCGUCGCCCAUUCACAAUCUGGCAAACACAAAGCAGCACCAACGCUCCGCCAGCCAAAAGGCAACCUCCGGCUCCGCUUCAGUCUCCGCUGCCAACGCUCUGCAUGCCACGUCCCAUCUCGAGGAGCACGCCCACGAGGCCGAGACGGUUGCGCUGCUGGAGACGCAGACACAGCGCAACAAGAUCAUCAUUUCCUCGGCGAAUGGCGACGCUGGCGGAGCAAGCGGCCUCAGCAGAGGAGGAGGAGGCGGAAACGGCGGCGGCGGCGGAUCUGCAGGCGCGCUGGCUGGAACUGGAGGCCUGGCUGGCCUUGAUCUGGAGAGCUCGCUGGGACUGUCCGGCGGCGGACAGCUGCCGCGGCGGCGUCGCUUCGAGAACUUUCUCAAGUCUCUCGUGGGUCUCAAGGCCAGCAGCAGCAGCAGUCGAGAGCGAGAACGGGAGCGCGAAAAGGACAAAGAUUGGGAGACUGGCCUGCAGCGUCCUGCCUCGCCGGAGAUACGCAUCACACGCACACCCUCGGAGCAGGAUGUGGUCCUCAGGGACCCAGCCGGUCGUCAGCAGUUAGCCAACGGGCAUCCCAGGGGCAGUCUCAGCAUCAGCGGCUCGAGCAGCUCCCUGAAUGUUGUCCAGCACAAGCUGUGGCACAUCAUGCGGCGCGAGGGCAGCGCCAGCAGCCUCCACCAGGAGAAGUCCCAGUCCAUUGUCCAGUACACGGGAUUGCGCAAAUGCGAGACGGUCCUGGCCCUCACGCGACAGGGCCAGAGCCAGCUGGGUCUGGGCUUGUCCCAGAGUCGAAGCCAGGGCCACUCGAUGGCCGGCCAUGGCAGUGGCAUCUUCAGCAGCGCCGGCAUCGAGCAGAUACGACCCCUGAAUCGGCUGCGCAACAGCGUGAACAGCAUCAAUGGCCCGGGCGGCGGUGGCGGCGUGGGCACCUGUUCCCGCUGCUCCAGCUUGCUCUCCCUGGCUGCAUCCGGAUCGCGUUACUCCCUGGCCAAUGGGUUCGUGGUACGCCCGGACUCGGCAGCCGGCGGCGAGGAGGAGCAGCCGCACAUCAACGUGAAUGCUCAGAUUCGACUCAGCGGCGGAGCGGUGUCAGCACCAUCCAGCAGCCCCAGUCCACCGUCCAAUGUGACCACGGCCACGCUCCAUUCCAGCUCCAAUAAUAAUCUGUUCCAUGGCAAGGAAGAGGAGCAGCAGCAGCAGCAGCAGCAGCAGCAGCAAGAGGAACAGCAGGAGGAUGAGCAGACGACACCGACUGCCGGAGAGCUCGGUCCCUUUGGCACCCAACACGCCUAUCCCCUGACCGUCAGCUCGCUGCUGUCGAUGGCCAGUGCCAAUCAGGCGGCCAAGGCCUGUUGCGUGCGGGACGGCAUCACGCUGCAGCGUCGCGAAAUGCUCGCCUCCGCGGAUGUCACACCCUCGGCCACGCCCACCAGCAAUUUUCAGCCCUUCACCUGCAAGCUGUGUCUGAUCGAUGUGGAGGAUGCGGCCGAAGCCAUGUCCCUGCAGCAGUGCGACUGUCAGUUCUGUAUCGAGUGCAUGCGCGCCUAUGUGGAGUUUGAGAUAUCCGAGGGCGCCUACGAGAUCUCGUGUCCGGAUGCCAAGUGCCCGGCACAGGGCGCCAUCUCCCUACCCGAAAUCGCGAAUCUAACCACAACGAACCUGCUGAAGAAACAUCAUCGCUAUCGUCUGAAUCGAGAGAUUGAAUUGGACAAGACACGCACCUGGUGCCCCCGUGCUGGCUGCGAGACAAUCUGCAUGGUGGGCGGCUCAGCGCAGGGACAAACCAGCGCCAUUUGCCAAAUGGAUGAGUCGCCAUCGACAUCACAGAGCUACACGCCGCAACUGGAGGGAGGCGGUGGCGCUACCGUCGGUGUGGCAAGCGAAGGCGGACCUGGUGCAGGUGCAGCCGCACUCUCAUUGUCCGUGCACUGUCCCUCCUGCAAGGAUGAGUUCUGUGCACUCUGCAAGAAGGCUUAUCAUCCGAACAUAAGCUGCGAGGAAUUCGGUCGCCGGCUGAUUGCCGAUGGCCAGGACGACAUUGGCAUACCGUUCGACAAUGAGCUCAUCAAGUGCUGCCCCAUGUGCGCGGUGCCCAUUGAGAAGGACGAGGGCUGUGCCCAGAUGAUGUGCAAGCGCUGCAAGCACGUGUUUUGCUGGUACUGCCUGGCCAGUCUCGAUGACGACUUUCUGCUGCGCCACUACGACAAGGGUCCGUGCAAGAACAAGCUGGGCCACUCGCGUGCCUCUGUUGUGUGGCAUCGCGCCCAGGUCAUUGGGAUCUUUGCUGGCUUUGGUAUUCUGUUGCUAGUGGCCUCGCCACUACUUCUGUUGGCCGCCCCCUGCAUCAUCUGCUGCAAGUGUCGCGGCUGCAGUGGCUCCAAAAUUGACGAGGUGGAUGCCGAGCUGGAGGAGGAGGUCACCGCCUUGCAGGGCUAGGCAGAGGAUCUCCACCAUGCACCAUCAUCCUGACGAAACGAGACGAUCGGAGCAGCAUCUCAAUUGUUAAUGACGAAAGAGCAGCUUACGUACACUUACUCUUAUUUUAGUUAUUCUAAUUCUAAUUCUAAUUAUUAAUUGUAUAUGUGUUAACUAAAUUGUGAUAUUUACAGUGAUUCGAUUUCUAAUUGAAUCGACAAAUUUGUUGAGAGCCCAAACAAAGCAAAGACAAGGCAAGGUUCGCCUUCUCGACUCUUUGUUGGGUUCUUUAUUAAUAUAUUCUUUCCACACUCCCCACUACUACCCGUAUAUAUGUACACAUGUACAUGCCUACAUAUAUUUGACUAAAUCAAUCUGUGUACAUCAUUAGAUCCUCUUUCUAGUGCGUAAGUUAGUCUAAAUCUAUUACGAAGGGCCACAGUAUGUAUGCCUCGUAUUUCAACCUGUGCUUUUAAUCACCCGAAAAUCCCCUAAACCCCCCUGAAUCCCCAAUGCCGGAACCACAUUCGCACCCCAAAAACUCCUCUCUCUCUCUCAAGUAUUACACAUGCAAAUAAUGAAUCCGCGAUCAUUUCGGGUAUAUUUGUUCAGCGGCUUGGCAAUGCUUUUAUCUACAUACAAACACACUCACAUAGUUGCAUAUAUAAAUCCAAGAUAUACUUGCAUAUAUAUAGGAGGUGUAUAUGAUGUCACUACUACUGUUUAUUGAAUGUAUUUAAAUGUAAAUGUAAAUGUUAUAUGCAGCUAAAGCAAAUGUACGACAGAUUACUGCUGAGCAGAGCACGCUGCCACGAUGGCAGUGUGGCGUGUGCGCAGGCAGGGCUUGAUUAAUGUAAAUUAUUGAAUUAUUUAAUGCAUAUACACACUCAAAAUAUACAUACACACACACACAAUAUAUCAACAUACGUUUAACAUAAUUACGCGUGUAUAUUUCAAGGAAUCAUAUUUAAAAUCUACUCUUAAUGUGAACAACUACCGCGUAUGCUGUUUCAAAAUAAAAAUGUUAAAAGA